AAAUGGGUGACAACAGUAACGUCAAAGCGUUCCUGAACACGUGGUUGAGUAAGCAGAAGUUGUCUCCAACAUAUGAUGUUCGACAACAAAUGAAGAGCAAAAGUGGAAGGGCUAGAUUCAUGUGCGAGCUUCGUGUCCCUGGAUUUUCCUACGUGGCAGUUGGCAACUCGACUAGUAAGAAGGAUGCUCAGACCCAUGCUGCAAGAGAUUUUCUCAAUUAUUGUGUCAGGGCUGGGAAAAUACAACAGCAGGAAGUGCCCGAGUUCAAUCUGGAGGCUGAACUUGAAACAGCACAAGCCCACCUGCAGCCUCCCCCUCCAAUCAUGCCAACUCCCGGUGCACCAGCUCAGGCCAGGGGAGAUAUGGGUGGUCCACCUUUUCCUCCGAACCAGUUCAGGCCAGACAUGAAUGCAUACGUAGGCGUGGAUGGACAUCGGCCAAUUGACCCUAGACUGAUACUGCAGCAGAAGGCUGACGUUGAAAGUAGUGAAUCGAUUGACUUGAAUGCGCGUAUCCACGGAGGAUGGACGUAUGACAAUGCCAAGCCCAAAUUACACCAGUGGUUGCAGACCACUAAGCAACACAAGUGCGACUUCGCUUACUCCUCAAUGGGACCAGAUCACGCCAGGAGUUUCAUUGCCGAGAUGACUGUCUACGUGCCGCAACUUCGAAAACAUAUAACCGGCAAGGAGCAUGGAUCGAAUAAGAAAGUGGCUGCAGUGAACUGUUCUCUUUCUAUUGUGAGACAACUGUACCAUCUAGGAGUCCUGGAGGCAUUCACUGGAACACUGGCCAAGAAGAAGGACUCGGAGCCGCUGCCACUUCAAAAAGUGAACAUCAAACCAGAAACUGUUGCUCAAAUCGAGUCUCUACUCGAAGGCUACGGCAUCAAGCCAAGCGAUCCUCCAUCUGAGUGUAAUAAGCCAGUGUCUCUGGUUGUCCCAGAUGAUGUCCUGGAUAGGUUCACCUCACCCUAUCAGACUCCGGGAGCCGUGAUUAGCUGGUCUCCUCCAGCGCCUGACUGGAAUCCGUGGAUAUCAUGCAAUAUUGACGACGGUCCGAUGGCUUUUAAAUCUGCAGCUCAAAUAUCAGACCAUCUUCUGCAAGCCGAACAGUCGAAGCAGUCACAAUCUGCGUUCGCUGAGAUGCAGAGAUCUAGGAGUGAACUACCUGUGUUCGAGUUCAGAACUCACUUGCUCGAUAUGGUCAGACAGAACUCGGUCAUUCUUGUCAAGGGAGAAACUGGAUGCGGAAAGACUACUCAGAUUCCGCAAUUCAUCUUGGAAGAGUUCGUCUCCAGUAACCGAGGAGCAGAAUGCAACAUCAUCGUAACACAGCCCCGUCGUAUCAGCGCAGUAUCGGUGGCCGAACGUAUAGCGAAUGAGAGAUGCGAGUCCCUUGGGGACAGCACAGGCUACAGUGUCCGAUUCGAGACAGUGCUGCCCAGACCACAAGGAGCUAUUCUGUUCUGCACUGUGGGAACACUUCUGAGAAAACUGGAGUCUGGGCUGAGAGGAGUGAGUCACGUGAUAGUGGACGAGAUCCACGAGCGAGACAUCAAUUCGGACUUUAUCCUGAUAGCACUGAGGGACAUGUGCAUGACCUUCCCUGACCUCAAGAUCAUACUCAUGUCGGCUACAAUUGACACUUCUCUCUUCUCAAACUACUUCGCAAACUGUCCAGUUAUUGAAGUUCACGGCCGGACUUUUCCAGUGCAAGAGUACUUCCUAGAAGACUGCGUGGAGAUACUAAACUUCACUCCCCCUCCCAGUGUGAGGAAGGGGGGCAAGAAUAAUAAGAACAACAGAGACGACGAUGAGGCAGCUAGUUUUGACGACGACGAAGAGCAAAACCUGAAUCUAGUAGUAAGUGACGAAUACAGACCCGAAACGAAGCGAGCACUGGCCGAGAUGAACGAGAAGGAGUUAAGUUUUGAACUAAUUGAGCGUCUGAUCGAAUACUGCGCGUCACUUGAAGUCCAUGGAGCUAUUCUCAUUUUCCUACCGGGCUGGAAUCUGAUUUUCUCACUGUUUAAACAUCUGACGUCUCAUCCGCGGUUUGGAUCCAGGGAGUUUAGAGUGUUGCCGCUACACAGUCAGGUGCCGAGGGAAGAUCAAAGGAAGAUAUUCGAUCCAGUGCCGCCGGGAUGCACUAAGGUUAUCCUGUCUACCAACAUAGCGGAGACUUCGAUUACGAUCAACGACGUGGUGUUCGUGAUUGACAGCUGCAAGAGCAAAGUGAAGUUGUUCACAGCCCACAACAACAUGACCAGCUACACCACAGUAUGGGCCAGCAAGACUAAUCUGGAGCAGAGAAGGGGCAGGGCUGGCAGAGUGAGGGCCGGGUUCGCUUUUCACCUAUGCAGUAGAAGCAGAUUCGACAAACUGCCUCAGCACAGUACUGCCGAGAUCUUCUUGACUCCUCUGCACGAGAUAGCACUCAGCAUCAAGCUCCUCAAACUGGGAACAAUCCAGCAAUUCUUAGGAAAAGCUCUGGAACCACCUCCUCUGGAUGCAGUCAUAGAAGCAGAGGUCACUUUGAAAGACAUGAAAGCACUGGACAAGAACGAAGAACUAACUCCUCUUGGAAGGAUCCUAGCUCGACUUCCGGUUGAACCACGCAUUGGCAAGAUGCUCGUGCUGGCUACUCUUCUGGGAGUAGGGGAUCCCAUGUGUUCCAUUGCUGCCCUAGUCUCAUUCCCGGAACCCUUUGAGACUCCGAAAGAGUUCAAGUUUCUCCAAGUUGUCCAUAAGAGGAUGUCGGGCAACAGGUGCAGUGAUCACGUGGCUCUUAUUACGGCAUACCAGAUAUGGCUCAGAGCAAAGGAGCGUGGGGAGAGGAGUGAGGUGGACUUGUGCAGUGAGAAACAGCUGAGCAUGUCCACUCUUCGGAUGGUGUAUGAGGCCAAGACACAACUCAGAGACAUCCUGCUCAGCUGCGAUUUCGACGAAGAGCUACUUCAACCGACCUUCCUCAUCAACAACAACCCUGACGAAAAUCUGGACGUCCUUAUCUCAAUGCUAGUAGGCGCUCUCUACCCUAACGUGUGCUACCACAAAGACAAACGCAAACUCCUCACGUUUGACAUGAAACCAGCCUUGAUCCACAAAUCGUCGGUCAAUAACUCUAAAGACGGAAUGACAUUUCCAUCGCCGUUUUUCGUGUUUGGGGAGAAAUUGCGAACAAGGGCUGUUACGGCGCACCAGAUGACAAUGGUGAGUGCGCUGCAGUUGUUGUUGUUCGGAAGUCGGUCUGUGAGUUCGGAGAGAAGAAUUGACCCGCAAGAUGGAACUGAGAAGCAAAUGGUCCGUCUGGACGAUUGGAUCAAUCUGGAUCUGGACCACAAAAGCGCAGCCUCAGUAGUCGCCCUUCGCCCGAUCAUUGAAGACUUCAUCAUGCGAUUCACAAGCGAACCCGAGAGAGCACUGCAGAUGGCAGACAGUGAUGUCACUCUGAAACACGUGAUCAGAAGUCUGUCUACGGCAGAUAGUGUGUUGCUGGAAAGGGGAGGGGCGAGUGGGGGUGGUGCAAUUAAAAGGCCGAUGAUGCAGUCGCCAUUGGGGGGAGGAUAUGGACAGUACGGGCCUUCGCCUCCCAAGGCUACUAUGAUGGAAAGCAGUUACAACAGUGGCGGUGCAAAUCAAAGUUAUGGCGGCUACGGAGAGCCCAGUAGAGGUCAGCAUUUAUGUAGUACUGGCGUGUAA